AUGGAAACAAACCCAUCUCUUUCAAGCACUCAUUCUCCGGUUUCUGAGCCAGUGGCUUCAACUUCAACCAUGAAUCCCUCAAACCCCAUUACCAUCAACAACAACAACAACCAAAUCCCACAAGAAGAUCAAAGAAACAAGGAAGAAAUUACGGUUUUUGGGUUCUCUGUUUGCAUCAAUGAUGAUAAAUGUUAUAUGAAGAACCCGAAUAUGUAUCGACUAACGAUGUCUCCGAUCAUCAAGAAAAGGAAGGUUUCUGAAAGAGAAGAGGGCUCUCAUUCUCAAGCUUUCUUGCCAUCCAAGAAAACAACUGACAAUUACUUGAUGAUCAAACAAGAACUUGAAAGAAAGAGGAUUGAAGACAGAAUCAGAAGCUUCCGGUUCUACACUCCCGAGGAGUGCAGAGGAGAGAUGGAUUUGGGGGUGUCGACGAAGCUCAAGCUCUUUGAGGAUCCAUGGAAGAUCAAGAAAACCCUAACAUCAAGUGACGUGAAUGAACAUCUUUGUCGGCUCUUGUUGCCUGCGGAGGCAGUGCACAAGCAUAUAACCGUGGAGUGGGGUGGAGAGAGGGUGGAGCAAGUUGAGGACAUGGUCGGUGAGAGGGUCGUGGUUUGGGAUUAUGACACUGGUUCUGAACAUGAAUUGGUGUUUAAAAGAUGGCGGACGAGUAGGAGCUUUGUGUUGGUGGAUAAUUGGGUGACUUGGUUCGUGAGGAGGAGGGAGUUGAGGGAUGGAGAUGAAAUCGGGCUUUUUUGGGAUGCUAGCAAUUCAAGGUUCGGUUUUCGUGUUCUUGCUCGGAGGGUUGCAGGUUUUUGA